AUGGAUUCUUCCCAAAUCUUUGGAGUCGCAGAAGAGUGUCACAGUAGUGAAUCUGGGUGGACCAUGUACCUUGGCUCCCCCAAACAGGAUGAUGACGGUGGUGAUGACGACGAACACAGUGACGAUGGAGAUAGUGCUGAUGAUGAUGGAGGUGACAAUAAAAGUUACAAUGAUGACAGCGAUGAUUCUAUGGCUUCUGAUGCUUCUUCAGGCCCAAGUCAUCAAGGCAUAACUCAUUUGAAGCAGGAAGAAGAUAAGCAUGUUGGCAAGUAUAAAAUGGAGGUGAAAGCUAACAAACCUAAGGAAAGCAAAAAAGCUGAAAGUGGGAGAAAGGAAGAGAAUGAGGCAAUGGCGUUUAUGGCAAAAAGGGCUAAUAAUACUUCAGCUCAAAGUGGUUCCAAGGAUGGCAGCAUGCAUGGGCUGAAAAUGUAG